AUGUCUACCAAUACUGCGUUAUUUGAAAAAGUUUAUAAUUUUCUCCGUGAUUCCCCUUUAGAACAUAUCACGGCAGUUUCCAUAGUCAAUCAAGUGAUAGAAGAAGAGCCGUGGUUCCCAAAGGAAGAUUCGAGACAAUUAAUUUAUAAUGCGAUUGCUUCUAUAAAAAAUCUGUAUGGAGAGAAUUCUGGGAAAUAUAAGAAACUCAUUGAAAUUCCGUUUAAGGUAUCCACUGAGGAGAUUGAAACGAAUUUGCAGAAACUAAAGCUGAAUCUUGGUAACAGUACAGCCCCAUACGCUAAAAAAUUGCUCAAAUAUCUUAAAAAAAUUAAACCUUCCGACCUUUCAUGGAGAGACCCUAAAGCAAGUCAAGUAAUUAGUAGCAAUUCAGAAAUUAUACGGCGUUUAUCUGAGGAGGCAGAAGAUGAAUAUAACCAUUUUAUGGAGCCAGUAAAAUGUAUGGAGGGAACAACUCCUCUUCGUAUCAAAGAUGUAUGUAAUGGGUUUGUGAUGAGCUAUAAUAAUACCAUGUAUGAGGGGGUGCCUAUUGAGCUUUCACAUGGAAAUUGGGAUGAGUCGGAAGAAGAUGUUGUAGGGAUAGCAUCUGGAAUACUUAAUACAAUAGGAAGUAUUUGGAGAAAUCCAGCGUUUGGGGAGAAGUUCACAAAAUCUCAAAACGAAGGGACAUAUGUAACAGAUAUUAUAGUCCCUGUAAUGAAAGCUUCAUUGGAAAAACUACCAAUAAAGAGUUUCGCCUUCGUUAGCACUAUAGCAAGUAAAGAUCGAAGAGGAAAGACUGAUAAGGAAGAAAAUGAUUGGGUGAAGUUAUGGAGAGAAAUGAAUGAUGGCAUGUAUUGGGUGCACAAAGGUUUUACUAAAAUGCAAUCUGAGUUUGAUUUAUUAAAACAAUGGGUUAUUGAUCUUGAGGUUGAGAAUGCGAAGCUAAAACAAAUUAUUGAAGCAAAUGCUAAACGCGAAGCUGAGAAUAUUAACCUCAAGAUGGAACUAGAAAAAAAUAAAAAAGAUAUUACCUAUCUCUCAGCUGAAAAUUCUGAGCUUAAAAUCAAAGUAGCAAAAUUAAGCUGUGAUUUCAAGGAAAUAAAAUCAAAGGGAAUGAUUACUGAUUCUCCGGAUCAAUUGUCAAUUUCUGAGAAAAAGAUAGUAAGUGUUUCUACCGAAAUGGAAAAUUCUAGCGUUACCCCCGAACAAAUAGACAUACAAACUGGGGAUGUUUUGGCAUCAGAUAUAUCCGAUGACACUUCAAAUUCUGAUGAUAUUCCCACAAAAGAAAUUUCGCCACUUAAUGAGAGUCAACCUGAUAAGGAGGAAGCUAUUACUCCCAACCCUAUAACCGGAAUAGAACAUAGCUCAACCUGGAUCUUUGAUUUUGUAGAAAUGAAACAUAAAGAACAUGUUAGUAAAGAGAUAAUGGAGAGAAUUAGGGAAAAAAAACUUCGCAAUCAAAACUCAUCUUUGGAUAGUACUUCAUCGGAACCAUUUUAUGAAAAUCAAAAUCUGGAAUCAUCUAUAAUAUCGCAAUCUAUCUCUAAUAGUUCUGAGUUAUCUUCGGAUAAUAAUUCAUCAUGUGAUUCUGAGUCCAAAUCGCCUACUAAUGUAGAACGAGGUUUAAGACUCGAGCUAUCUAUUUGCACCAAAGAUAAUAACCACAAGAUUAGUAAUGUGAUUGAUAUACAGAUUCCUGAAUUCUCUAUAGAAGCAAUUCUAACAGAAUCGAGUGAAGUUACAGCAGAAAAUAUAGCCGAUUUAUUUAACAUUGCUAUGAAGACUAGACAAAAAGAAAUUUUAUGCUGGUAUUAUUAUUAUAAAGCAUACGAGAAUAGGGUUAGAAAUAUUAAGAUUAUGGAUAAAAUUGACGACAAAUCUGCAAGAACAUUGGUAUAUAAUGAAAUCAAAUCACUUCUACCUGAUGUUACUGAUGUAAACUUGCGUAAAAUAACUUUCAGAGCUAAAAGAGUUUAUAUAUUGUUUGAAGGAAUAGGAAUAGAUAAAAUUAGUCAAGUAACUUAUAGCGCAAGUGCCAUUUCAAGUCUAAAGGAUAUUCAAAUUCAAAGUAUUGUGAAUGAUUUUUCCAAGAAGUUGAUUGAUACGAAUUGCCAGGCACAGAGUGCCAUUUCUUCCGAAAUAAAAGCGAUUGGCGUGACAAAUUGUCACGCACAUAUGUCGGAUCCAUCUAGCUCAAAUGAUAUAUCAGAUACUAAGGUAAAUCUAUCUUCUGUUUCUAUCGAUUUGAAAAUCAAGACGAGUGAAGACACCAAGAAAGUAUUACCGGAAACUGGGAUAAAUGUAUUGCCUUCAUAUACAAAAACCGAUGUUAUUAACCCACCUGUAUCUCGACCUCCUAUCUCUAUUUUACCCGAUGAUCCAGAAGAAAAGCGGAAAUCCGUUAUUAAUAAAGUGCUAGAGCAGUUCCCUUAUUUAUCUUCGAAGUAUAGCAGGACCGAAGGGACAACCCUAGGCUCGAAGAGCCAUUUCUCUGAAAUAAAGGGUUAUAAAAAUCACGAUUAUUUCGAUUUUAAUAGUUCAGCAUCCUGCCCUAUAUGCAAUAAAGACCAUAAAAAAGAAAAUAUAAGAGAUAAUAUAGAAGGUAGAUGGGGUAGUGGUGAUUAUGUCAAUACAAGAACUUAUCGUCUGCAAUGCCGUGAGGCCUAUCAAAAUUCAAUCCAAAUAGUAACGGUGAAAGCAUAG